UGUUUUCUUUGAGAGCUUGAGUGUUUGUCUUGCGUUUGCAUGCGUUUUAAAUAAGUUCACAGUUGUUGGAGUACAAAAGUUGCUAGCUGGUUUAGUGGGAGACCUAUGCAAAGAUCUGCAGAGCUCAGGCACAUCAAAGCACAGAUGAAAAUGUACGUGAUUUUUCUGUUUAGCGUUCUCUGCAGCUUUUCUGCAGGCCUGGUCAGGCAGUAUUUCUUCGUAGACGUCCAAAUAAACUGGACCAGCGCUCAGCAGCACUGCAGGAACAACUACAGAGACCUUGCCACCGUCUCCACCUCAGAGGAGAACGAUAUCAUUCGACAGAUCGCAGGAGAUAAACCUCCAGCGAGUUGGAUUGGACUGUACAGAAGCUCAGACCAGUGGCUGUGGUCUGAUAGCCAGGCAUAUUUCUUCUCUUGGUGGAAAAGCGACCAGCCUAACAAACUUAACAUUCAGAAUUGUGUCGUGAUGGAGGACGGAGGCUGGAACGAUAACUUCUGCUGGGAAAAGCGUCCUUUCUUCUGUGAGAAGAUCUUGGUCUUGGUGAAGGAGAAUAAGACGUGGGUAGAAGCUUAUGAGCACUGUCGCUCUCACUACACUGGCCUGGCCUACCUGAGCUCUGAUAACAUGGAUUUGGCUAAAGAGGAAACUCAAGGUAGGCAGACGGUGAGCGUGUGGACGGGUCUGCGCUUCCUGGCUGGACAUUGGCUCUGGGUGAACGGG